AUGGAACUUGAUAGCUUUAAAGCUUUCCGUAAAGGUUCAAAGGAAACUAUUGUUGUUAUUCAACGAGAAUCAACAACAGUGAGUCGACAAGUAAAAGGUACAAAAACUGAUCGAUUUUGUCACCAAGGAAGAAAUAUUCCCGAGAAAAGCGGAACUAACGGUGGAUAUAAUUUUUUAAAUGCUCAACAUUAUGUGAAAACACAUAAAGAAAACAAUGAGAAGUGUUUAUCAGGUAACAAAAAGACGUAUUAUGAUAAGUCUACUGCUGCUGUCAUGUGGCAGGCAAGAGAUAAACUAUUUUCAGCUUUUUUAGACAUCAUGUUAGCGAAAGUCAAUGUACACCAACAAUUACAACAGAAAAUGUUGAAUCAAUCACAGAAUCCACCAAUACUACCAAUCAUGAUGAAUUUAUUGCCAAGCGAUAGAACCAAAAUUAUAGAAAUAUUUGAAAAUUUAAAUCUGGAUACAUGUUGGAAGUUAUCUACAGGAACAAUUGUAGAAGAAGAAACGGAAGAGUAUGUAAUUGACUAUAAAUAUGAACAGUAUGUACCAUUAAAGAUGAUUAAAGUUAGUAACGUGAUCCAACAACAAGAAUCCCCUGUCAACGAGCGGUCAACAUUAUUUGUCAAGUCUCCUUUCCUUCAUCGGAUACAAGAGCAAUAA